AUGUACGCUACCUACGCGCUAAGGAAUGGAAUAGCGUCAUAUCGGUCGCGUUCCCCGACUCUGCCUGCCACGUGUUAUUUGACGACACGGAAGGCUGCCAAGACGUGCAAAAGAGUACUGGCCAUAGGGGAAGCAACCCGCGGAACCCUCAUUGUAGUUACUAUCUGGGGUAUUCAGAUCACUCGAGAAAAGUCGUUGGAUUCGCAGAACAGCUCGUCACCAGACCAUGGAGGGCAAAAAGCCGGGCCUUUUGCUUGCUUGCUAUCUCUCUCUCUCUCUCUGUCUGUCUGUCUGUCAACAGUGAGGAAGCUAAACAUUCUCAUCCUCAGUGCCGGACUCGCCUGCCAGAAGAAAGACAAUGAUCGUCCACGCUCCUCUCCUACUGGAGAACAACAGAAAUGUUGUUCUUCCUCAAGAGAGGAACAAAGCAGCUCUCAAGAACAGCAACAACUCACAACAUCCCAGAACCAAGAUUCCUACUGUCCCUACCACGGCCCCAUCCUACAAAUGGACCUGAACAACCGCCACCAGCUGCAGAAGUUGCAGCAGCAGCAGCAGCAGUCAACGGACCCAAUGACGCGCCUCAUCCAUGACAACCAUCCCGGCGAGCAAUAUGCGCUUUUCUACCGACCUGAUGAUGCCAAUGACGGGAAUGGGAAUGGCAAUGGGCAGCUGUUGUUGUCGACGUUUCGGGCUUGUACUUGUCUUGCUGCUGCUGUGGCGGAGGCAGAGAACAACGUUAGCGGUUGGCGGAUUGAUCUGAAUCUUGAUCUGCGUGUUGAUAGGGAUGAGGUCUGUGGGUAUGAUGUUGGUCUGUAG